UAGUGGGCGGGACGUUCAUCGCGGGAGCUGCGCGCGUACUCGAGGAGACGCGCAAAGUGUGAGAAACCCGAUGGUCCGAGGUGCUGCUCGUGCGUGGAAGGUGCUUUUUCUUUUCUUCACCACCGGGGAAAGGGUCUGCAGGAAUUGAACUGCGCGCCGCGUGGCAGACCGCGGGGGCAGUCUGCAGCACCGCGGAGCUCUCCAGGGUGCUGAACGAGCCCGUGCGCGUCCUUUCUGUCCGCCGACCUGUGCGCACCUGAGCUCUCCGUGCACACCGGGAAGAGGAUGGACAUCCGCGGUUCAGGACAGCGCAUUUAACUCAGAACCCGCGGGUUGGAGGACUGGGUGGAUUUAACACACCUAAAUGAAGAAUUCGCCGGUAGCCUUGGAGAAAAUGUUUGGGAAGACAUCGUUUAUCACCUGCUUUCACUGGUUAUCUAUUUACUGACCAGCCGCCGGCGUUAUUUCAUCAAUAUGUUGAGAUUGAGCUGCUGUGAUUGAGUUGCCCUUCAAGCAUUAGAGAUCUGCUUUAUAACCUGAGGAGAGCGACGGCGGGGACAUGGCUCGCCUGCUGGUCCUGGUUAACUCCGUGGUCCUGUUGCUUUUUGGCAGCGACGUGUUCUUGGUAGCAGCAAACCGACCACCGGCUCCCGUCAACGUGUCCGUCACGCACCUGCGAGCCGACUCGGCCACCGUUUCCUGGGAGGUUCCAGAGGGGGACAUUGUGAUUGGUUUCUCAAUCUCGCAACAGAGGCAGGAAGGACACACGCAGCGGUUCAUCAGAGAAGUGAACACCACGAGCCGCUCUUGUGUCCUUUGGGACCUGGAGGAGGAGACGGACUACGUCAUACAGGUUCAGUCGAUCGGCCUCUACGGGGAGAGCCAGGCCACCAAGAAGGUCCAUUUUCGCACCCUGAAGAAGACCGACCGCUUCCCCUCCAACAGCUCCAAUCAGGGUGAGCUGCUCGGGGACACGGAUGACCCCACUGUGCAGGGCCUGGACAAGUCCCGCCACCUGCAAACUGGAGAGAUGAUCAUCAUCGUGGUGGUCUUGGUCAUGUGGGCAGCCGUCAUCGCCCUGUUCUGCCGGCAGUAUGACAUCAUCAAGGAUAACGACUCGAGCAACAGCAAGGAGAAGGCCAAGCCGUCGUCAGAGCGGAGCACGCCGGAGCACCACAGCGAAGGGCUGCUGAGGAGCAAGUUUCAUCCUUCUGUGCCGUCUAUCAACAUCAUUGAAGUUUGAGAAGAAGGAAGGACACAUUUCUCUCUCUCUCUCUCUCUCUCUCUCUCUCUCUCUCUCUCUCUCUCGCCGCUACAAUCAAUACCUUCACCACUUUCCUCACUGAUGAAGAAACCAGCUGGAAGGAAGGUGGUGUUUCAUUGGCUCGUCAUCAGCCAGUGAGGUUGUCUGAGGCCGUCUUUCCAAAACACAUGCAUGCACGUACGUGACGUUUGUAGAAAACUUGACACACACAUCUGCUCACCUUAAUACACACAUACACACACACACACACACACACACACACACACACACUACAGUAGCUAACAGAAGCCUCUUCCUGCGGGCCGAUGGCACACACACUAACUUAACUUUGAUGACUUUGAUGCCAAGUUAUUGCAAUACUGAACACUCAAUCAUCUCUGGGAGGCCGGUCUUCAUGCCUUUAAAUUCACAGUGUAUUUUUGAUAUUGGCAUGUGCAAUUAGCCACCACGUUCGCCUGUUAUAGGAAGCUCUGCAUAAACAAACACUUUUUUGUUGAUAAUAAUAUUAAAGUAACAUUUUCUGGAUAGCGUUGUAUUUUUUCACAUUUCAUAAGAAACUGUACAUAAUGUAUUAAGUUACCAAAGUUGCAUGCAGGUCCUUGUAGAAUAGCAUUUGAUGUGUAUUCUAACUUAGAUGCCUAAAAAUUGAUAAAUAUACCCGAUUGCAGUCCUGUGAAGCUGUUCAUGUUUUCUUCUAUUCAAUCUGCUUUUAGAACACACCGUUCAUCCAGUGUUUGAUAUCACAUCGUGCUCAUUACCUGACAAUUGUAUUUAUUUCUCACAUCAGUUCUAAAAUAAACCUUCUUCACAAAGUCGCA